GGUGGGGCUCAGUCUCAGGACUGUUUUGAAGUAAAACUCACUGUAGUUCUAUGAGACAGCAAAAACAUUGACAAACAAUGGACAGGAAACAGAAUCUGAACCGAGCCGAGACAUUCACCUUCGUCAACCCCUGGAUCAGAUAUUUUCUCUUCUUCUUCAGCUUCUUAUUUUGGGUUUUCUCCUUGUUGAUUGUUGCCAUCGGGGUGUAUGCUAAAGUCCAGAAAGCUACAGACACUGUGCGAGACACGUUCCUGAUCGACCCGGCUGUCAUCCUAAUUGUGGUGGGGGUGGUCAUGUUCUUCAUCACUUUCUGUGGCUGCAUCGGAGCCCUUCGAGAGAACAUUCGCCUCCUUAAGACAUUCUCCUUCAGCCUGACAUUGGUCUUCCUUACCCAGCUGGCCAUAGCAAUUCUUGGCUUCUUCUACUCCGAUCAGACUCGGGAUGCUUUGGGAAAGUUUGUGAAGAAAGCCAUUGUGCACUACAGGGAUGACCUGGAUCUGCAGAACCUGAUGGAUUACAUCCAGAAAGAGUUCAAAUGUUGUGGGUGGAACAACUACACAGACUGGUCUUGGAACCUGUACUUUAAUUGCACACAUGAGAACCCCAGCUCCGAGCGCUGUGCUGUGCCAUACUCCUGCUGCACUCCUGUUCCUGGAGAGACAGUGAUCAACACUAUGUGCGGUUUUGGUGUUCAAACCCAGAACUACCUGGAGGCAAACAAGUCAAUCUACCCGGUAGGCUGUGCGGACAAAGCAGUGAUGUGGAUCGAGUCUCAUCUGUUGCUUGUGGGAGCUCUCGCCCUAGGUCUAGCCUUGCCUCAGAUUGCAGGCAUUGUGCUGUCCCAGAUCCUGAUCUCUCAGAUCCAAGAUGAGAUUACCUCAGUGUUGUGAGAGCGGGC